CCCAGAUAAGAUGGCUAUUUGUAUUUAUUUAGAUGCCAAAUAUUUACAAAAGAAAAUCAUUGUAAGGGCCAAAUGGACCCAGGAGCAACUGAAAUCUGCAGUUUCCAUCUGAAUGUGGAAUGUCUGGCAACCCUGGUGCAUGAGCGGCAGUGCUACAGUCUAACCAGCGUUACCACUCAACGAUCAACGAUUGUACAGUGACACACAGCACUCGACUCGCUCGCGGCCGGACGGCAUUUUCGCAUUUUGUGUUUCCAUUGUUUGUGUGAAGCGUUUGGCUAUUCUAUUACAUACAAGAUGACAUUCGAAGAAGAUUUAAUUAACCAAGUACGUUUACAUCCUGUUGUUUGGAAUAAGAAGAGUGAGGACUAUAAAAACAGGUUGAAAAGUGAAAAAGCAUGGGAUAUAAUUGCGAGGAACGUAAAUAAAACAAAAACUGGAAAUAAUGAUAAUGAUGCCAGCCUACCAACCACUUCAAGAUCAGAGCAGAAUCUUCAGUGGCCUGAUGAAGAAAAUUCUACUGCAUUGUCUAAUAGAUCCGAUUUUGUAACUUCUGAUGAGGAACCACUGUCUACUAGUGCUUCGUCAAUACACAGAGAUCGGGAUAUUUGUCCACAGAAGCUUUGGAUAGUGUAUCAUAAACUGGGUCUCAACAAAGAAAACGCAAAGAAAAUGAUCCAAAUCGAAGAAGACAAAAUUAAAGUGUUUAAAGAGAAAGACAAAGAAGCUGAGGAUGAAGAUAUCCUAUUUUUGAAAUCGCUUGCUCCAUAUUUUAAAUAUUUGAAUCCAGUACAAAAAUUAAGAUUAAAAAGUAAAUUACAGAAUACAAUAGCAAACGAAAUUUCUCUAGCUAUGCCAUCGCCCCCUUCCAACUCUUCAGCUACUAUGUCAAUGUCAAUCAUACCCCACCAGUGCACGCUCUAG